AUGGACACAUCGCCGGAGUUGGGAGGUAUGGUGUUGGUAAUGGGAGUUACCGGUGCAGGAAAGAGUACCUUCGUCAACGCACUCAAACCUGACUCGGUCACAGUAGGGCAUACGCUGGAGUCAACCCAGGCGCCACCCCAAGCCAUACAAAUAUUCCUGGAUGAAGAACAAACCCGUUCAGUCACCGUCGUUGACACUCCUGGUUUUGACGACACCCGGCGUUCCAACACCCAAGUUCUUGCAGAAAUAACGGAGUACCUGGCAGCGCAAUACGCCCUCCAAAUUCCGUUGAGGGGUAUCAUCUACAUGCAUUCCAUCAACGAGAAUCGCAUGAAGCGCUCGUCUCGUCAAUUCCUCGAAAUGUUUCAGCUGUUGUGCGGCGACGAUGCGCUUAGGAAAGUCAAGUUUGUCACAACCCAUUGGGACAAUAUCGAAACAGAUCGUGAGGGCGAGGCACUGCGCCGUGAGCAACAACUUCUUGACGAGUGGUGGGCUCCGAUGCUCGAAAAAGGGUCCUCCAACACGCAGUUCAGUGGCUCCCACGAUUCAGCGGAGGGCAUUGUACUAGAUCUGAUGUCGGAUGAUGAAAGCAUUGUUCUGGAGGUGCAGCGAGAGCUUGUUGAUUGCGACAUGGAGCUGGGCGAGACAAAAGCGGGGAAGUCUCUGAGGAAGGUGAUUGAGGAUGAUAUCGCAGAAUGUAAAACCUCCAUUGACGAGAUCGACACCCAAAUGGCAAACGCAACACGGUCCCGCCGUCGGAGUGCCGAUGACGGGAAGAUGGCCAGGAACCAAGCGGAAGCCUUGGUCAAACAGCUAAAGCACGCCAGCUAG